AUGACAUCAUCCCGAGCUGCCGGGUGGUCAGCUGUACCAAUACAUGGCGAAAAAGAGGGGAAUCCAACUCAAAGCCAAACCACCAUAACACCCCCCCCCAAACCCUCUCUCCAGGACCCAGGAAACCAAAAAAAAAAAGAGAGAGAAAAGAAGAAAAAAGGAAUGGAAACCUCGAAACGGCCUCUGCUCCUCCACGAAGCAGCCACGCCCUACGUCCUGCUAUGGACAGCCCUCAUGAUCCCAAACCGCCUUCUGGCCGCCACGCUGAUACUCCCACUGCUGGCACUGUCGUACCACAACCUCCUGCAGACCACGUCUCCGAACCCGCCCAACAGCUUCCUCGUGGGCUCGUUCGUGGUGUACCACGCAUUCGCCUCCAUCAAUCUCCUCCUCCUGCGGGACCCUCGCACCGAGUUCCGGAGACUGCCCAUCACCGCCACGGGGGAGACGAAGCACCAAAACGGAGAAGAAGAAGAAGGAGAAGCAUACCCCCGUGACCUGAAGCGCAGGAUAUGGUGGGUCUUUGACUUGGCUGUCACCAUGCGCGGCAUCGGCUGGUCCUGGCAAAUCCGGCCUAUCCCGCCGCUCUCCGCCACCGAAGCAGCGUCCCGCCACACCUACCUCCGCCGCCGCCUCGCCCGCCUCCUCAUCAUCUACGCAUGGAUCGACCUGAGCAUGUUUGUAAUCCAGCACAUCGACCGCGCCUACUUCCUCCCCCCCGGAAACGCACACGAAUACCCUCCCGCCGGGGAACCACCAGUCUACCCGCACCUCUUCUCACGCAGCACCCGCCCCCAGCACCACCCCGCGCCCCUCGGCCUCCCGCCAAUCCCCAGCCUCUCCAGCGGCGCACCCGCGCUCCUGUACCGCGCCGCACUGUACACCGCUCGCCAAAUCUUCACGGGCAUAGUCAUGUACGCCCACCUCAACAGCGGCUACACAUUCCUCUCGCUGUCCGCCGUCCUUCUCGGCGCCCUCGUCGGCGCCGAGACCGGCUGGCGCAGGCGCUACCUGCACUGGCACGCGUGGCCGGACGUCUUCGGGCGGUGGUCCGCGGGCGACUGGGGGCGCGGGCUCGCGGGGUGGUGGGGCGGGGCGUGGCACGGCCUCUUCAAGAACGUCUUUAUGGCACCGGGGCGGUUCGUUGUGUCCCGGCUGGGGCUGGGACAGAGGUUGCCUGCGGCGGCGGUAUGGGUGGUGCGGCUGGUGGGCCCGUUUGUGGUGUCGGCGGCGCUGCAUUACGCGGGUGCGUGGACGCAGGCGCGCGGCGGGUGGGGGUCUGCGAGGUUCUUUUUGUGGCAGCCGGUUGGGGUGGUGGUGGAGGCUGCGGUGGUGCGGUGGUGCCCGGGAUGGGUGUGUAGGGGGUGGGUGAGGAGGUGGGCGCCGUAUGUGUGGGUGGUGGUGUGGCUUGUGGUGACGAGUGGGAGCUUCUUUGAGGAGCUGCGGUAUGGCGGGGUGUGGGCGCUGCAGCCGGUGCCGGUUAGUGCGUGGAAGUGGGCGGCGGGGGUGGGGGCGUUGUGUGGGGGGGAGACGGCGGUGGGGUGGUGGGAGUGGGAUGAUGGAAGUUUGGGGGGGUGGGGGGUGAGGAUUUAG